UGGGGAGGGCGGAGCAGACCCGUGGGGCCCCCACCUGUUCUGAGAGCGCCAUCCACACCUGGGGGAAUGCACCAUGACCUCGGUGGUGGUUGUCGACGGCGGAGGGACCGUCGUAGAGUACAUUGGCACCGUGGAGAAUCCGCAACCGGGGGGGGAGCAGGCCGGGGGGUGCUGCGAGGAGGACAGCUACCCCGCCGUGGUCGUGGAGCCCGUGCCUGGGGGGCAGUUUGAGCAGUGCUACGCCGCGCAGGUGCUGGUGUACGACGACGAGACCUACCUGAUGCAGGGCGUGGCCGAGGAGCAGGAGGUGGUGACGGAGGUGGUGACGGAGGUGGUGACUGCAGCUGAGGCGUCUGUGCACGGCAGUGGCGUUCACUGUUUGGACAAGACCAUCGAGGCAGCCGAAGCUCUGCUCCACAUGGACUCCCCCAGCAGCUUGCGGGGUGACCACAGCCCUGAAUACGACACACUGUCUGGCCACUUGGCAGGUAACACGACGUACUUGUGGGAGUUUCUCUUGGAUCUUCUUCAAGAUAAGAACACCUGUCCCAGGUACAUCAAGUGGACGCAGAGGGAGAAGGGCAUCUUCAAGCUUGUGGACUCCAAGGCCGUGUCCAAAUUGUGGGGCAAACACAAAAAUAAGCCUGACAUGAACUACGAGACCAUGGGUAGGGCUUUACGGUAUUACUACCAAAGGGGUAUCCUCGCAAAGGUAGAGGGUCAGCGUCUCGUCUACCAGUUCAAAGAGAUGCCAAAAAACAUUGUGGUAAUCGAUGAGGAGAAGUCGGAGCCCAUCGACGAGGACCUCCUGAGUGCUGAGAGGUCAUACGAGCGCGUGCCCCCCUCCUCCCACACUCUGCUGUCCUCACCCGAGCUGGCGAAGACGGCGGGAAUCCUCCGAGGCAGCGGCCGUGGUGUCCUGCACUCGAACCCCGCCAAGGGCAAGGACGUGCUGUCGGUGGCGGCCGGGGCCCACAUGGUGACCGUCACGGCAGUGUCCGACGGCGCCCGGGCACAAGUGCCACCCCACACGGCUCCUGUGCCCAGGACAGUGCGGGUCGCCAUGCAGGUGCCCGUAGUCAUGACGACGUCACUAGGGCAGAAGAUCUCCACGGUGGCGGUCCAUUCCUGCAGCCCGCCCCUCCUCACCAGUACCAGCUCCACCAGUGGCCCCGCGGCCCCCAAGGUGGUCAUCCAGACGAUACCCGCGAUGGUACCUGCCACGGCGGACAAUGGGGACAAGGUCACCGUGCAGCUGGCAAAGAUAAUCACGAUUCCUGCCGCACAGCUGGCCCACUGCCACCUGCAGGCCAAAACCGGCCCGACUGGGUCUCACGGCAUCAACCUAGUGGGGGCGCCGCUGACAGUCAGAGCCCUGGCUCCGGUGUCUGUGGCCCCGGGGACGCAGGUGGUGAGGCUGGCCAUGCCGGUGGGUGGGCAGUCCCCUGCCCGUGUCGUCAGUAGCCUCGUUAAGGCGCCGGAGGCCAACGCAGAGGUCGGGGGGCCGGCAGUGGUGGCGACAGCGAAGACAUCGGAAGCCCCCAGACUAGUGACUAUCAUGCUUCCAGACGCAAUGAAGACGGAGCAUCCUGAUAGCUGAGCAGAGGCACCCCCCCCACCAUUAUUCUAGACAGACAGACAGGCCUAGCGGACAGUAACGUGCUGGGUGGAGUGGCACAGGGCGCCCCCUACCUGUCGAAUUAGUCACAGCGACUAUAACAAUAGACAGCUGCAGGACGGACGGAAGGCCACGUUCCGGUCCCGAAGCCGCCUUCGCCUUUAUCAUUCGAUUUGCAAAUGGGGACCAACGAAUCGCUAUUUCAUCUAGACACUAUAAGGGAAACACUAAAUCCAUCAGGGAGGAGAUCCGAUCCUGCUUGAACACUUAUGAUUUAGACUUUUCAAAUGCAGACCAGCAAAUUGUCCGACUAUCACUGUGUGUAGGUGGUCUGUCCUGGUGGUGCUAGCUGGGGGUGGGGCUGUUUAUGAUGAUUGAAAAUAACACCUGUGGUUUCUUAACAGAAUAAGAAACAAAAGGGAUUUUUGUAUAAACCAGCUAAACUGUUUGACUUUUCAAACAAGCAGCCUUAGACUUUUUUUUCUCUCCAAGAAAUAGGCUGUUUAGCUUUUUGUGUAAAGCUUUUCGUUACCUUGUACAGAGCACAGUAUUACUGCGAAAUGAACGACGCCUCGGACCCAGUAACAGGCUCUGCUGGGAGCUCUGGCUGACCUUGCUGAGAUAUACCCGCCUUCCUGUGGUCUCUGUCGCUUUGGACAUUCUCUUCUUAUACUUCUGACCGUUUAAAUCACGCUCACCUGCAGCCUGAACUCUCGCAGCUUGUGCUUUGUUUCUCAAAAAUGAAAACGGUUGUAACUAGUUUGUAUAUUCAACAUUUUGAAGUACUUUUUUUUUUUUUGUUGUACUCUUGUUUCAAAGUGUAUUCAACUUGAUUUUACCAAAAAAUGAUAUAUAAACCCCUGUUUUGAGUGCUGGAUUAA